CAAGGGACGUCAUUCAUUUCCCCCAAUGACCUUGACAAGUCAGAAGCUUGAAAUCAGGGAAAUCCGGAUGUCUCUAUUAUGAAGUGCAACAGUGGGGGCCCCUACAUAUUUCCAGAAAUCUCUAUCCACACUGCCAAUAGUCUGCCUCUGUUACUCCCACUGACCAUCUGAGGAGCUUCUAGCUUUAAAGGAGUUGGCACAAUGGCCAGUUGCAACAGUCUCUUGUGGCUUUUUGCCUCUCUCUGGACCACAGCGUUCCUGGUGCAAGGCUCUCUCCGAAAAGAAGAUAUUUCCAUCACAUUGCAAUGCAGAGUCAUGGGAAUCACCCUUGUUACAACUAAAACUCAACUAAAUCUCACAGAAGCCAAGGAGGCCUGUCAUUUGUUGGGACUAACUCUGGCCAGCAAAGCCCAGAUUGAAACAGCGAGGAACUUUGGCUUUGAGACUUGUAGCUAUGGAUGGGUUGACGAUGUGGUCUUGGUCAUCCCUCGAAUUAUUAAAAACCCCAAGUGUGGCAAGAAUGGGAUUGGUGUUAUAACUUGGGCCAGUGUAUCCAGCAAGAAGUCUGGUGCCUACUGUCACAAUUCAUCCGAUACGUGGAUUAACUCAUGUGUUCCAGAAAUUAUUCCCACUGAUGAGCCUAUACUCAGCACUCAGGCUGCAACCUACACAACAGAAAUGACUAUCAGUGACAGCACAUACUCAGCAUCAUCUACUGAUGCGCUAACUCCUAAUCCACCAACUCCUGCUCCUACUUCGGUUGUGGCUUCUACAUCUACCUCAAAGAAAAUAAAGUUAAUUUGUGUAAAAGAAGUUCUCAUGGAAACAAGCACCUUGAUGACACCUACAGAAACAGAAUUAUCUGUUGAAAGUCAAGUUACAUUCAAGAAUGAAGCAGAAUUAUCUCUUGAAAAUCAAGUUACAGUCAAGAAUGAAACUGUUGGGUUUGGAGGUGUCCCCACAGCUCUGUUGGUGCUCGCACUCCUCUUCUUUGCUGCUGCAGCUGGUCUGGCAGUUUGCUACAUCAAAAGGUAUGCAAAGGCCUUCCCUUUCACAAACAAGAAUCAGCAGAAGGAAAUGAUUGAAACCAAAGUAGUGAAGGAGGAGAAGAUGGAUGAUUGUAACUCUAAUGAAGAAUCAAAGAAAUUUGAUAGAAAACCAGAUGAUCCCAAAAGUACACCCAAAACAACAGUGCGAUGCCUGGAAGCUGAGGUUUAGGUGAAAAAGAAUUGUGAGGACAUAACUAAGUCUGACUUCUUUCCUGAUACACAUUCUGGCCCCAGAUGGGGAAACAAAACAGGCAAAAGAACAAACAAGAAGUCUUGGUUCCUAACUGGAAUAAACUCAGGACCAGGCUUUUCACCAAAGGGACGUCCUUCCUGCCAUUCUUGAUGGAUACUUUUCUCCUCCCUCCCAAACUUUCUACAGUUCUAGCUUCCUUAUGAACUGAUAUCCCAGAGGGAAAAAGAGCUUUCCUACUUUACAAAGCUCAAGGACCAAUAGAAGUUCAUCAGAACUCACAAUAUAAAGAGACUUCCUUUCUGACUGAGAAAAGGAAGAAUUAAAAACCAAGAAGCCACCAGAACCAAGGCUUUCUCCCCAGCACAGAACCUUUCUCCAGCUCUAUAAAUAAAACUCUUAGACCACCUGGCAUGUUUUUCUAAGCCAGGCAGGAGCAAAGUAAUAAUAAUAAUAAUAAUAAUAAUGAUAACAGAAAAAAAGAAGGAAAACUAUUUGCAACAGAAGGCUUUGAAAUUCUGUAACUUGAGACCUAAUCUCUGUGAAGUCAAAAUAAAUAGAAAAAAAUAAUUCGAUCAAAAAUAUUGGCAGCAUAUUGGUGGCAGAGACUUAAAUAUAAGGCAGGUCCAAAGUGUUAAUCAGUGAAUAAUUUGAGUUGGAAUCAUGAUUUAAAACUUAACAUGCUUUUGCUCCUCUUCCUGCUCCCUUUCUCUAAAGAUUAUACUUUUAAAAGAGAUCCAAAGAUAUCUUAUAGAUUUCUAAUUUUGUC